AUGCGACCGCUGGUGACGUGCGCGCCGGUGGGUGACAAGACCAUCGCCAUGUGGCUGAUGGACGCCGAAAUGUACACGGGGAUGAGCACCCUGGGGGAGGCCACGCCCGUCAUAUCGCGCGGCAUAGCCAUGCACAAGCUGAUCCGCAUGGUGACGAUGGCCCUGGGGGGCGAGGCCUGGCUGAACUUCAUGGGCAACGAGUUUGGCCACCCCGAGUGGCUGGACUUCCCCCGGGAGGGCAACAACUGGUCUCACUUCUACUGCAGGCGCCAGUGGAGCCUGGCCGAUGCGGACCACCUGAGAUACCGCCACCUGUUGGAGUGGGACAAGGCGAUGAACCAGCUCGACGACACCACAGGAUUCCUGGCGGACCCCUGGCAGUGGGUGCUGGUGGCGGAGCGCGGCCCCGUGGUGUUUGUGUUCAACUUCUCACCCCACACAGACCACGAGGGCCUUAAGGUGGCCACCCCCGAGCCCGGCAAGUGGCGCGUCAUCAUUGACAGCGACGACCCGCGCUUUGGCGGCCAGGGGCGCGUGGGGCACGACACCGACCACUUCACCAGCCCCGCGGCAGAAGCUGGAGAGGCGGAAUUGAAGGAGGGCCGCUUCCAUGACAGGGAUCAGUUCAUGCAGGUGCUGGCGCCUGCGAGGACGGUGGUGGGCUACACCCGCGUCAAGGAGGAGCAGGAGGAGGCGUUCAUCGCCGCAGCAGCCAACGCCGGCACGGUGUCGCCCUCCGAUGACGACGACGGCACCAGCAGCGCCGCGGCGGCGGCUGCCACUGCGGCAACGGCAGCGCCUGCGGCAGGCCCCGGUGCGCCUGCGGCCGCGCCCCACGCCCCUGCCGCCCCGGCAGCCGCCCCCGAGGCCCCCGCGGCGGUGACAGCCCCUGCAGCCAACGCGCAGCUGCCCGCCGGAUGGGGGCCCGCAGCCGCUGCACCCGCCGCUGCGCCGCCUGCCGCCGUCAAAGCUGCUCCCGCGGCCGCCCCUGGGCCGGCCGCCGCACCCGCUCCCGCACAGCCCGCCGAGGGGCCGUCCGUGGAGCCCGAGGACCCGCCUUCCAGCUCGCGGCCCCCCAGCCCUGUCAAGCUGGCCAAGGUGGUCGAGAAGUCCGAAUUCGUCAUCUACUCGUUUGAUGACGCAGACCACCACAAUCAAGUGGACGACCUGAGCGGCUGA